AAAAAAGAAAAAAUGGAUCACCACUCACCGGUGAUUACCAUUAAUCAAUUACCACUAUAAAUAUCAGGAAUUUUUGCUUUCAUUUUCUUCCCUAAUCGUGAUUAUUAAAAAUCACCACCCGGGUCUUCCGUAUACAGCGAUCCCGAAAUUUUUUUCCGUUAUCCCUUCGCUAUCUCCUUCUAUAUCUGUAUCUAUAUAAAAUUAACCGUAUUAUAUAAUAUAUUCUUCUUUAUCUCUUCGAAUACUAUUAAAAAAAUAAUUCAAAUCCGUUCGAUUUUCUCAUCACUGUAUGGCGGUUAAUUUUCUGAACCGGAAUGUGUCAGAUUUGUGCGUAGGGAAACCGGCGUUAAGGCCAUUACCGGCGGCAGCCACCAUAGCGGAGGCGUUAGCGGUGUUGAAAAAGUCCGGCGAAGCUAACGUGAGCGUGUGGAGCUGUGACCAUUUGAAGAAGGUUCUAGAAGGUAGUAAUUGUGAGUGCUGUUGUGUUGGGAAGAUUUGUAUGGUGGAUGUGAUUUGCUUUUUAUGUAAAAACGAGAAUUUGGAUAAUCCUUCCAAGGCUCUUGAGGCACCUGUGUUGCAGAUUUUGCCGAAAGGGAAUCAUAUUGUGAGGCAUUUGGCGCCCAAUUCAAGCUUGCUGGAAGCAAUAGAUUACAUUCUGGAAGGCACACAGAACCUGGUUAUACCGAUCCAAAAGUGCGUGAGCACAAAUACUAGGAAAACGCUGAGUAAAUCUUCCUCUCUGAGUUGCAAACAUCAUGACGGAGUUGAAUACUGCUGGCUAACGCAAGAAGACAUUGUCCGUUUCCUUCUGAAUUCUGUUGGUGUCUUCUCCCCUAUGCCCACAUUUUCAAUUGAAUCGCUCAACAUCAUAGAUAAUAACGUCAUGACUGUAUGUUACCAUGAUCCUGCGAUCUCUGCCUUAGAUUCCCUUGCUCUUGCACACGUUGAGCAAACUUCAGUGGCUGUUGUUGAUGAUCACGACAAAUUAAUUGGUGAAAUCUCCCUCUUCACUCUUGCAUACUGCGAUGAAACGGCAGCAGCAGCAGCAAUAUUGACCCUUUCAGCCGGUGAUCUGAUGGCUUACAUUGACUGUGGUGGUCCUCCAGACGACUUGAUCGAGCUGGUGAAGACGAGGCUGCAAGAGAAAAAGCUUGGCGCAGUAUUGGAACUAAUGGAUGAAGAGUUCUCAUUGUCUUCGUCAUCAUCCUCAGCUUCAAGUUGUUCUUCUGAUGACGAGUUAGGGGUUUGCAGAAAUAAUGUUUCAGGACGAUAUUCAUCAGCAAGAAGGGCGGAGGCAAUCACGUGUUAUGCAAGCAGUUCGUUGGUGGCUGUGAUGAUUCAAGCACUUGCACAUCGCGCAAGUUCCGUUUGGGUCAUGGAUGAGGAUAACACUUUGAUUGGUUGUGUAACAUUUAAAGGAAUUCUGAAAGUUUUCAGGAGUCCUGCGAAUGCGAGGCCUGCAACCAAAUAAGGAGAAUACAGUGAAGCAUAUGCACAAAAUUGUGUCAAAAUUCUUUCAAAUGAUUGGGAGACUUUUUCGGUGGUGAUUGAAACACGUUGAGUUGGAGAAUAUAGUUAGUUUUAGAACUUAAUCUUUGUAUAUGUUGUUUUGAAUGGACAUUAUGUCUAUUAAUUAUUUUCAUAGUGAAAGUUUAAUCCUAAUUUUA